UUGCCCCUCUUCCAGGCCAGCUCUCUGCUGUGGCCCGGGAAGGCAGUGGAGGAUGGCCCAAGUGCUUGGGCUCUGCACCCGCAUGGGAGACCAGGAUAAGUACCUGGCUCCUGGCUUUGGAUCGGCUUGUGCGCCAGCUGUGGCAGCCAAUUGGGGGGUGAACCAACGGAAGGAAGACCUUUCUCUCUGUCUCUCUCUCUCUGUCUAACUCUGCCUGUUUAAAAAAAAAAAAAAUUAUUUACCAGCACAAGCAAAGUAGAUAUACAGCUACUCUCACAGGAGGAUUCCCAGGCACGUCAGUGGGAAAAGCAAAGUGUGGAUUUAUAGGUACAGCAUGAAUCCAUGUGUGUAGAUAAACAAGUUUAAAACUUGUAUUUUGUUGUGUAUUUGAACUUACAUAAAUGCAUGCAAACAAAAACAAAAAAAUAUAUAGCAAAAAGGUUUGAAAGGAUAUAUGCCAGACUGGUAAAGAAAGGGAGAAGGAGGCUUGCUUUUUUUUUUUUUUUAACUAUUUUACUCUGUAUCUUCUCUAUUUGAAAAAUGUGCAUAAUACAUACAUGAGCGCACACAUAUUUGCACUCUCAAACCCAAAGCUGGUGAUAUAGGAAAUGACAAAAUGGUAAGUGUAUUCUCAUUUACAUCAGGAAUGGGUUACGUACUCUGAUUCUCACUACUGUUACUUGCAAUUGUUUUGGAAGCUGCUAGCUAGCCAGUGCUGUUAGAUAAGAGAAAGGAAUGGGGGCAUAAAUAUUGGAUGUGAGGAGGCAAAAAACAUCGUUCAUUGAUGAUGACAUUAAAUUACUGAAUCUCUGGAAAGCCAAAGAGAAUUGCCUGGAAAAAUGUAGAGACGUUGAAUAUAUAUAUAUAAUCCGUGCAUGUGGAAUGCUGUAGACAACUGAUUUUUGUCUCCAGGGAGAAGGGAGAAGGUAAAGGGAAAAUUUACUUUUUUAAGUAUUUUUAUUUCCACCUCCAAGAGUAAUUUUGUAUCAUGUUUGUAUAUUAAUGUACAAAACCCCUAAGUUAAAAUUCGUUUCAUUUGAUUUCUCCCCAGUAAUUGAGAAAAUUAAGAAAACAGAAAAAAAGAUAGAGUUGGGGGAAAGAAAAACCCCAUGAAAAGGUUUGAAAGAACUUAAUCUGAAACAAAACAUUCUGUAUCAGACUUGCACAUUUGUGAUUAAAAGGAAAAUGAUGUCAUGGAGGAAAAGUCCUUGCUUUGGCCAGAAUAUGAGGAAGGGCCUGAGUCUGAACUUUGGAGGGGAUGUGGAGAGGGACAGCUUGGAAGCACAGACGUGACAAGACUUUACAACAAGCACUCUUGGUGGUGAACAUUGGUGGUAAUCCUGAGAAGACUGACCUUUGUUGAGGACAGCUGGUACUGAUGAUGUUGUAGGUCCUGAAGGCAUGGAGAAAUUUUGUGAAGACAUUGGGGUUGAACCAGAAAAUGUAGUUAUGCUUGUCCUUGCUUGGAAAUUGGAUGCACAGAACAUGGGUUAUUUUACUCUACAGGAAUGGUUAAAAGGAAUGACUUCUCUACAAUGUGACACAACAGAAAAACUCAGAAAUACUUUGGAUUACUUAAGAUCAUUAUUAAACGAUUCUACAAACUUUAAACUGAUUUACAGAUACGCGUUUGACUUUGCACGGGAAAAGGACCAGCGCAGCCUAGACAUAAACACUGCCAAGUGCAUGUUGGGACUGUUAUUAGGAAAAAUCUGGCCCCUUUUUCCAGUUUUUCACCAAUUCUUAGAGCAAUCAAAAUACAAAGUUAUUAACAAAGACCAGUGGUGCAAUGUGCUAGAGUUUAGCCGAACAAUUAAUCUCGACCUGAGCAACUACGACGAAGAUGGAGCAUGGCCAGUGUUGUUGGACGAGUUUGUGGAGUGGUAUAAAGACAAACAGAUGUCUUAGGACUUUAUACAUAGCAGCGAGAGAGUCACUGUUACCACAGUUAUGUCAACCAUUAGCCAUAAAUUGCUGUUUGUAUCAAAGCGCAUGCUGCUUUUCUUGCACUGUCUCCCUUUGGCAGGGAUGUUUUGGUGUUUGCUAUUGACUGGACCAGCUCUGUUUGCUGUGUAGCAUUGUUCUCUUGAAAGGCUGCUUUGCAGUUUGUAUUUACACUACAGAUUGGUGAAUUUGCCAACGUCCUCACUGUGAUUAUGUGUAUAUUGCUGUUUAAAUUUUGUAUAUGUGUAUAAAAAGAAAAAGCUUCACCUAGAGAUUAUUUCUGCAAAAAUGUAUUGUACAAAUAAUUUUGUGGCAUAUUUCUAGUCCCUUUUUUCAAAUGAACCAAUUAUACUUCAUUUGGUCUCAAAUGUAGCAUUUCAGAAGAUGAGACAAAACAACCUUAACCAUGAGCAAACAUUGCCAGAAUUAACCUUACUGUUUAAGAGGCCAACUUUUGGAAGGGGGUGGGAGUCCUAAACUAACUUUUCAGUGGCAUAGGCCAAAUCCCAUUUGGUUUACUUAACAAUAUUAGCAUCUUAAAAUGAUGAACGUUAUCAACAUGUGUAACAUGCCACCAUUCACUUCCACCAUGCAAGGCAUGGUUUUUUGUUUUGCAGUGUUAAAACUGUAGCAGCUUGGAUUUAGGUAUAAAUGACCAAAUUAAAAUGGCACCUUUUUAUUUUUUAAAUUGGGGUUUAAAUUCUUAUGAACUUUAUUUAACGGUAUUUUCCCUCCCUCCAUCCCUUCCUACCCGCCCCCCCCCCCCCCCCCCCCGGCAUCCUUUUAGCCAGUGUUGGAUCUGCUGAUGCUUUGUAUGCCAUGCUAAGUAAAGUUUAUUUUGCCUCCUCCAUGGAAAAAAAAAAUCUAAUGGUUUGCUGGCCAUUUAUAACUGCUGAGCACUUUUAGUUGUGGCUUGAAAUUUCAGUGAAUCUGUGUGGUGUCUGAUUUUCUAGGGUUUGUUUUUUUUUUUUUUCUUUUUUUUUUCUUUCUUUCAAAGAGCUGUGAGAGGAGUGUGUAGCUUCCUUUUAGUUUGUCCUCCUGGUUUUGUUUCUUUCAUGCUAGGCUUUUCCUGGCAGCACGUCCAUUGCUGGCAGUGGACACAGCCACCAGCAUUGAGCUCACCUGUCACAGGCGAGGACCUUUCCUGGAGGGGCCGUUUGUCAUUCCCUGAGUCACUUGUACAAAGGGGGGCUGCCGUUAUUUAUGUAGGUGAGAAAAUAAGAGUAAUAAGCAGGAUCAUAUUUUUAGGUUUGUGUUUUAUGGUUUUUUUUGUUGUUUUUUUUUUUUUUUUUUUUUUUUUGCCUUCUUGAGAAAAUGUGUAGAUAACAUGUUUUCGCCCAGCUAUCUGGUGCUAUUGAUGACUAAUUUAGUCUCUAAAGUUUUAUGAAAACACAAAAAUCUAGUGAUUUAACCCAAGUAAAGAGCUAAUGGUACAUGUGAACAAGUUAAAUGCUAUAGUUCUGAGCAAGAUGCACGAUUGAGCUUGUAAUGAUUGGAAGAAGUUUGGAAUCAUCUCGAAAUCUGGCCAAAAAUAUCUUCUAGCAUAAAUGUGAAUGUUUAAAUGGCAUUAAACGAGUAAAGCACACUGACAAUGCUACUCUUUGACCACUGUUGUAGUUUCUUUGCAAACAGUGUUCAGAUUUUCAUAUUUUUCCCUAACGGAACCACCAAAGACAGACAUUUUAUAUGUAUAUACAGUGUGUGUGCAUAUACAAAAUCAUGCUAUGGUAGAAUGCAACUACUUCCUUUUUCUACCAAAUAGAAAAGGUUUGGUUUGCUGUGAAAUAAACCAGAGGUUUAAAAAGCUCUGUAGUGAUGAAGCAUACUGAACCAUUCCUUGUUUGUACUCUUCACUUUUAACCUUACAAUCUAAUAGCAGUUUGCAUAAAUUAAUACCUGAAAGAAUAGCAAAUGUUGAUAGCAAGCAACAGCUAUUGAGAUCAUUCUGUGGACAAGAUUCUGAUGGAUAUGCGUGUGUGUGUGUUAUAGCAGUGACUAGCCAUGGGCAGACUUGGAUCUAUGGAGAAUUGAUUCAUUUUCUAAAGUACCCCAAAACAGUUCAAAAAAUUAAAGUUUAAAGGCAGCAGUUAUUAAAUUUGAUCAACUUUAGUUUUGUUUGAAGCAAAUAUAAAUCAUAGGUGAAAUUAUUUUAAAUAUGAUAUUAGAAUCUAGAGAAUCUUUUUAACACUAAGCACAGUUAGUCCUAAAAUAACAGGAUUAUUAGAAGGGAGAGGUGUUAGCAUUUUAUUGACAGUGAACGUAUUCAGGACAGGAGAACCACCCAGGGAAGAACCAUCUCCAGAUGUGUGAUAUGUAAGCAAGCAUUGCACAGGGACAAUCUUGCCUGUUCAGAAAACUCUAAAUCAUCUUUAAACUGCCUUGAAGCACAGACUUCUGUGACUAUGGGGUUGCAGAGUGCUUGCCCUCGGUUUUCUUGAUUUCACGUAGUUAUUUUUAAGAGGAGAAAAAGGAAUCGGACUGAGUAAUAAGAUGCUUUUUCUUAGACUUCCCUAAGUUACACAGAAUUGAACAUCAUCAGCCAGUUGUUGACUGGCUGAUGUUAAGUACGUGAGGGUGCCUUCUUCCGAGUUUACUCCAGUACCUGAGUCUGCACCCUUUCUCUCUCUUUUCUAUUGUGUUUUGAACUCCGCGUUACAAUACUCCAUUGUAAUGGAACACAGCUCUUAGGUGUUUACUGCUGCUGUAGGUCAGGAAUUUUAUCCUUUAAGUUGCCACAAACAUCCACUGUAAUGUUUCUUGCACCUUUUUGGAAGCAUGAACUCCGAAUUAGGGUUUUAUGAAUCUGACUAGGCAAACCUCUAAAUUUUGGUUCAGAUUUCUGUUGCCUGUCAAUUUCCAUUUUAACAGUGCUUUUGAAGUUUAUACAGAAAGCUUUAAAAGUUAGUUUGUGCCCUUGGUUUUUAUUCUUACAACUGCUAAAAUACCUCUGUAAGCCUUAUUCUAUAUUCUUUCAUAUGUUGUAUAAUAAAUGUAAAGAAUUCAUUGACCAACUGAAAUGUUGGGUGUCUGUAAAUGAGACCAAAAUGUGGGUUGCUUUUUUUCAUAAAAUAAUUUCUAUUUGGGGGUUACUGUUUAAUGAACAGCAGCUAACCUAUAACUGUGAAUGCUUCGUGUCGUCAGUAUUUGCAUUACAUUCAUAAAAGUGUGCAAGUCCUGUGACUCCCAGCUUAACUAAAAUACUGUUAUGCCACCUACCUUGAGUUCAGCAAACUGGUUUUAGGUUUUGAUGGAAUUGAUGUAAAAUGAUAUCCCAUAAAUAAAAAGUAUUUGUGUUUGGUUUCAGAACUGAUUAAUAAAUCCUUUAUUCUCUCUGA